UGUCGACGGGCUUGUUCGUUGAACGGUCGACCGCCGACGUCACACUGAAGCCCUUCGAACGGCGCUUACAUGGCCGACCUGCUGCACAGGCUGCCUCUGCUGGUCCUCGUCGUCGUGCUGCUUCUCGUCGUUGUCUUCUUCUACGUGUGUUUCGUCGGCCUCGUUCCACUUGCGGCUCGCAGAAGGAGAUCUUCGAAGAAAGCCGACAGGAUGGAUCGACGACUGGGCAAUGGCAGACCGACAGACACAACCUCCGGAGCGAGCAAUCGGCAACACAGUGCGGGGUCUGUGGCGAAGCGGCCGUACGACCCGAGGUUGUAUGCACACUUGCCUUUUCACGAGAUUCCUCUCCCUCCGCCGGAUGACGAGGGGGGAGACGCCAGGUCGUCGACUUUGCCGUUGGGAAGUGGGUCGACGCAGGAAUGGGCGGCGACGCAGUCGUGCGGCGGCAGGCGGGUGGAGACCCCGUGGUCUUACACGUCACUGCUGAACGAGGGAAUGGGUGACGACGACGACAAUGCAUCGGUUGAUCUCAGCUUCCAGUUGUCCAGCAGCAGCGGAGCAGCGGCAACGCACACUCGGAUCAUCAAUCCCCACCCGAGUGUGGAUUGCGCGGACAACACGCACGGUGGUGUGUGCGGGCCGCGAGACGGCGGUCUGCCUCAAUCGCUUCGUGAAGGUGAUGGUAAUCGGAAUGAGUCGACGUCCACCGUCGGCGGAGGAGUCGGUGCGCGUGAACGUCCGGAGUGGAUGCGGUUGUCACCUGCAUCGCGAAGCGGAUCCGGCGCUCCUCCUUUACGGCAGUGGCCGGAGGAUUUGCGUGAGGAAGGUGCGGACGUGCACCGCGACGGGAGGCAGCUGUGGGCAGAGUGCAAGCAGGCCUUGCAUCAACGUGGAACGGAGACAAUCACGAGAGGGGUGCAACGACUCCUCCUGGACGAAGGGGACAAAGCUGCUGUUGAGGAUGCCCAGGGGUGUGACGACGUUGACGGUGACGACGAUUGCAACUCCGACGAUUUGCCAGACAUUAGGCCGCUGGGGAGGAAGGCGACGAACGGCUGAGUGACUGCGAGGAAGGGUCCCGCUAUGAAAAGU